AAAACUGCAGUCUCCUGGACAGAGUGGGGUGGACAAUGACUUUGGUGUGUGUGUGUGUGUGUGUGUGUGUGUGUGUGUGUGUGUGGGUGUGUGUGUGAGGCAGGAUUGUGCUUCCAGAGCAAGCCACUCUCUAUGACAAGCAGCUGGAGCAGCAGUGGCGGCAGCAGCAGUGGCAGCAGCAGCAGUGGCGGCAGCAGCAAGGCUAGGAGCACAGAGCUGAGCUGGGACCAUGCAGCUGCUGGCGUUCACUGUGGGACUGGGUCUGCUAUUUGUGGCUGGAGCCAUGAUGCCUCCUCUGACUCCUGCCCGUGCUGAGCAGAUUCUAGGAAAGUGGCACAUAAGGAGUUGGGCAGGAAACAUGCCUAUUCCUUCAUGGAAGUGGAGUGACCCACUGCCUCCUUUCGCGUUUGAAAGAAACAGUCUCGGUGAUCUGGAGUUCAGGAUGAACCUCACGGUGGAGACACCUCAUCUACAUCCACUUCCUGCCUGGGAAGAACUUCGCCAUUGCCUACUUCAGGGGCAAAAUGAACUAUCGGUACUACCAGAUCAUGAUGCUCAUGGGUGCGUUCCAGAUCCUUCUGUGUUUGAGCACCAACUCUUGCUGCCCAGCUUCUUCUCCUGGGGAGCCAUUCAUACACUUCCUGAACUCAUCAGGAAUGGGAUUUGCCGCACCCUGGAAGCAGACCUAGAUGCUGUGAGGAUCUUCAAGGAAUUUGUGGAGACUAAAAUCCCAAAGACAGGAGAGAUCAUUACCCCUCCCCAUGUCGAAGCCUGUGAGUUGGUCCAAGAUUCCUAGUGCAGAGGGAGUGCAGCAGAUCCCACGAGGAAGUGGAGCUGGGAGCCUGGCUGACCUCUGCUCCGGCAGGCAGGACUCAGUGUCAAAGAGCGCAGGGCCCGGCAUCUGUACCUCCCUCAAGAACCUUCGCUCAAUAAAGCUGGCGGAUAUCCCCUG